ACAUUAAGAAGGUACUUCAAGGACAUUGUAUACAUAGAAACACUUGAUAAAUCUGCAUCUGUCAAAAAACAAGUAGUAUUUACGCAUUCUGAAAACGACAGGAGGCUCUUAAUGAAACAGCUUGAUGAAGACAGACACAUGAUGUUGGAGUCUGAAGUGGAACAAGCAAUAGGCUUUCGGCAUGUAAUUGAUUUGAUUGCUUCUGCAGGAAAGCUUAUUGUAGGUCACAACUGCCUUUUAGAUUUUGCUCAUAUCCAUAGCAAGUUUAUUGCUCCUCUGCCAGAAACAGUGGUUGAAUUUGCAACAUCUCUUCACAAGCAUUUUCCAUAUAUAAUCGAUACUAAGUACCUUCUCAGAACAGAGCCAAUGUUACAAAAUAUGAUGAAAAAGAAGAGCACCAGUUUGUCCUCCGCAUUUACUCACAUGUGUGGGCAGUUUGCUUGUACUUCAGAUGCUGUCAAUAAAAUUAUGAAUUCUACUGUCAAAGUUGUGGUUCCAGCUGAACUACAGAGGUACACAGAUGCUCAUUCUGGUGCAAAGCAUGAAGCUGGAUAUGAUGCUUACAUGACUGGAUGCAUAUUUGCUCAGGCUUGUAAACAUUUGGACAUUGACUUAAACAAUCUUCAUCUUGGAUCUGAUUUUGCUUUGGCAGAUAAAUUUCAGAGAUAUGCCAAUCUACUUUAUGUUGGCUGGAUCAGGAGUUUAGUGCUAGACUUAACAACAGGAGGGGAAGCAGUGGAAUCUAGAACUAUGCUUCAAAGUCACUAUCUUUCAAAACUCAUACCUGCUAAACUAGUCCUUGUCUGGGGCUUUCAAACUGGAUAUAGUGAGAGUGACUUGAGAGGUCUAGUGAAAGGUGUGCUCGGCACCGUAUACCCUGUUAUGGGUGUUUACUUCUUGGAUGCAAGUUCUGCAUUCAUCCAUUUUCUUAAUGAACAGAUGGCAGCUAAAUUUCUUUGUUUAAUGGAGGCUAAGAUGGAAGAAACCUGCAAUUUUUUAUCAUCUCAGAGCCCUUUAACUUCACUAUUAGAAACUGGAAGCAUUAAUGCUAUUGGAUAUGAUAUGUAUGAACAGAUAUGCAAGUCUUCGAUGUCCAAAUUGCUCUUUGCAGAGCAGGUUGAAGCAUUGGGAAUAAGAUGGAAGAUUAGUGCUAGUUUAACAGCAAGUAAAAAUAGAACAAAAAAAUUGAACUGUGAAACCAAUGGUCUUAGAAAUAAUCAAAAUGGUGGCAAAAUGGAGGAAACUCUUCAAGUUUGUCCUGUAAAAUAUCAAGGAGAAACACUCAAUAGUGAGAAAAGACGUGAAAGAUCUUUUUCUUUUUUGUCUGAAGAUGGCCAUGAUUUUGCAAAUGAUACUGAGUGUGCUCCUAGCCGUGAUUUUGCAAAGAGGUCCAGAAUGGAGAGCUAAAUUAUGAGUUCGGUACAUUGCCUGAUGCCUGGAAUUUUGGAUAUUUCAUUUUUGAAAAUUUAUUUGAUUAUCUAUAGGAAUAUGAAUUAGAAAUAAUCCUUGUA